CAUUCCAGAAUAUUACUUAAUUCAAUGGAAGACGGCAGACUCUGGCUUCCUCUUGCCAGGCCGCUCAGUGUCCAACGACGGUGGUUCAGUGAGUGCGCGCGCAGCUUGCACUCUCCGCACUUGUUCUGUUCGUUUUCACCCCACCCCGUGUUCUCCUUUCCAUCGUAAUAUCGCGAAAAAUAAGUAAGUUGGCAAUGCAGGCAUGGGCCGCUCCGCGGGGAUCGUAAUGGCGACGUCGAGCGCGUUAUCGAGUACGCCGUGAAGAGAUAAUGCUCCACAGUGUUGUAUUCCGUUCACGUACAAUAUAACGACCGCCGACGAGAGGAACGAACACACACACCGGGCAGUUUCGACGCGAUCUGUGGGCCGAGAAGUCGCUACGAUGGACCAGGCCCCUGCAGAUACAGAGUUACGGAACAUCAUAGACAAACUGGCGCAGUUUGUUGCUCGCAACGGGCCCGAAUUCGAGCAGAUGACUAAGAACAAGCAGAAGGACAACCCGAAAUUCGGCUUCCUGUUCGGCGGGGAGCACUUCAACUACUAUCAAUACAAAGUGACGACGGAGCAAGCCAUUUUAAAGCAAAAAGGAAUAAAUCCAAUGCAAAAUGCAGACCCACGUUUAAACGUUUCGCAGCAGCAGCAGCAAACAGCCGCUACCGUCUCGCAGCCACUGAAUAACGUCAAUCUCGCGUCCGGUCUAAGUACACAACAAAACAAUGGCAUAAAUCCGGUGGUCGGAAUCGGACCGGUCGGCGGCCAACCAGGCGGUCCCGUUUUGCCUGGCGUGCCUGGACAGAUCGGGGGUCCGGGAAAUGCAGGGCCGCCCGGAAUCGGACCAGUCCCUGGCGGCAUGGGGGGUGUGAAUCCGCCGCCGAUCGCCGGGGUCGCGCCGCAAACGGUUAACAUCGGCGGCCCACCCGCGUGGCUCCAGAAUGAACUGGCGAAUCUACAGUCGCAGCAGACGACGUUGCAGGACCAAGUCAGACAAUCUGAACAGAACCUGGCUGCACAGCAUGCUGCGCUGAUGGCGCAACAGCAGGGAAGAGUUGAGGACGCCGUGAGGCAGGCGCAGGAAACGGCGCUGCAAAGCAAUGCGCAGAGCACGAACACAGAUCUGGCUGCGUUUGACACGGUGCUGCAACCGAUCAUCGAUAGCUGCACGAAGGACAGCAUAAGCGCGGGAAAGGCCUGGAUACUGCAGAAUUCGCUCACGCCGCCGAGCAAUCAAGUGGUCGCCGAUCAUUUGCUGAAGAAAGUAAUCCAGGGGACAACUUUUAGCCAUAAGCUACACAUUAUUUAUCUGGUGAACGAUGUUCUGCAUCACUGUGCAAGAAAAAAGUCGAUGGAUCUUCGCAAGGCGAUGGAAAGUGUCGUUGUCCCCAUGUUCUGUAACACUUCACUAGCCGCAUCCGAGGAGCAACUCAACAAGCUAAAUAAACUGUUGAGUUUGUGGGAGUCUAAGAACAAUUACUUCGAUGAGGGGAUCAUAGAUAAACUGAAGCAGCCGAGCGCCUCUUGGUCGGAGUAUCAGGCCAGUCUGGUAGCGCAGUACGCCAACGCGAUCACGCCUAUUACGACAUCGACGAAGCAAACGUUCGAUAACUACCAGGCACAGCAUCAGGCGUUCGUUACACAUGCGCUCAGACAGAUCCAGAAUAUCGAGCAACAAAAGAUAGCGAUAGAUCAGCAAUUGAAAGCACCGCCGCCGCCGCCGCCGCCACCCCAAAUAAAUCAGCAGAAUAUGCCGAUACCACCUAGUCAUCCCGGGCCGCCGGGUGCGAUAGGCACGGACGUGAACUUCAGCCAACCGCCGCCGGGAUGGGGCGUACCGCCGUCGAAUGAGCCGCCGCCAUUCAGCAACGUUCCACUGCCGGACUUCUCGAAGCCGCCGCCGGGUUUUGGGCCCGCGCCCGUUAUCCACGAGCCUUCCGUUGAAGAUUUGAUGCCUAGUAUGCCUUACUUCGAGCUCCCCGCCGGCUUGAUGGUGCCUUUGAUCAAGCUGGAGGACGGGGAGUAUAAGCCGUUGGAUCCCGAUGCGAUACGAUUGCCACCUCCCGCACCACCGAGCGACCGCUUAGUCGCCGCCGUCGAAGCUUUUUACGCGCCACCAAAUCACGAUUCUCCGAGAGAUAGUGACGGUUGGGAGAAGUUGGGACUGUACGAAUACUAUAAAGCGAAGAAUUCCGCACGCAAGCGGAAGGAGGAGGACAUAGCCGCGGGCAUCAGACAGAGAUCCAGAUCUCCGUCGCCGAUCCUACGGCCGAGAUCCAAGAGCCCCAGUCCGCCAAAGAAACGCUACAGGAGCAAGUCGCGCAGCAGGUCGCGCUCGCGCUCGCGUGGCAGAAGUAGAUCGAGGUCGCCCGCAACCAAUCACAGGCGUAACAGUCGCAACAGCAAUCACAACAGCAGAAGUAGGCGAAGGAGGAACAGUAAUAAGGAUCGCAGCCCUGACAGAAGAAUGGAUAGGCAGGACAGGAGUCCAACGCCUCCGAGUUUCCUCGGCUCUACGUACAGCAAGGCCCCGCAGGAGAUCAGUCUCGAUGAGAGCAAUAAAGGGCAUCAGUUGCUAAAGAAGAUGGGCUGGGGUGGCGCGGGUCUCGGCGCGAAUGAGCAAGGCAUCGAGGCGCCCAUCUCCGGCGGCGAGAUUCGCGAUAAAAACGAUCAAUAUAAGGGAGUCGGUAUCAACCUGAACGAUCCAUAUGAGAAUUUCAGGAAAAGUAAGGGUCAAGCGUUCAUCACCAGAAUGAAAGCGAGAGCAGAGGAGCGAGCUGAGGAGAGAGGGGAGCGCGAUUGAAAGCGUCGUCAAUAGGAUAUGAGAUCGUUCGAGUGUCCAGUGAGAUUUUUGUGAUUGGAACGAGUCACCUAGCACGCUCCGAUGAUGAAGAAGAGUCGGAAGAAGAAUUAGAUGAAGACUCUCAUACCGCGGCGGACACAAUUCUGGAGCGUUUAUCCGCAAGCAUUUACUUACCUUUGAGGGCCGACUUUAGAGAGAUACACACUCUUCUUUCAUUCUCGAGCGCGCGCGCAGUUAUCUUUCUUUAGCAGAAUCCCUCCAUCGCAGAUUCCGAUUUUUAAAUAAUCGCAAAUGAACGUUAAUUGUUUUACUCGGACGCCAAUUCUUCACCCACUCCUGAUGACGACGAUUUGAAUUUUGUGUCGCAAAAAAUUGUACAUUUUUUAUACAAGUACACGCAUUUUGCAAUGCGAAGCCUCUGACGACUUAAUUCCCCGGCGUUCGGGCGCAUACGCUGGUGUACAUUCUUUUAUGAAUAUAUAGAGGGUAUCGCUUAAUUUGUCAUCGACAUCGGUCACGUGAUACGUGCAAGUUGAAAUUGUACCUAUUGUUUUGCAUAUAUAUGCAUUCUAUCGAAACCCGAAGAGACGCAAGUCUUUUAACUAUGUAUCGACAUAACGAAUUCUGAACGAACCUUUUUACGGAGAUUCGCUAAGAGGAGAUUAAUCGAUUUUAUCUGCAUAAUUUCCCAUCGGACGAAGUUGAAACGGUCCGUCGUUUAAUCGUGUUCCAUGCGUGUAACGACAAGUUCUCGUUCCGUCGCUAUACAUUAUCAUUACAGCAGGACGUUAUGUUACACGAACGUACAAUUUUCUUCUGUGCCGUCGUCGCUACGGACAUAAGAGAGGUAGAGAGAGAGAGAGAGAGAGAGAGAGAGAGAGAGAGAGAGAGAGAGAGAGAGAGAGAACACAGAAAAUAUAGAUACUUAUAUGUAUCUACUAAGUUAAGAAAUGAUUAUAUUGGAUACACAACGAUAGCUCAAAAGAAAAAUAAAAGCUGUACAUUUAUUACGAAAAAAAGGACGCUGCCUGUCGAAAGUGA